AUCUCAAGUCCGCAUAUCAGCAGCACAGCUUCAGCACUCUACUAAAGCAGUCUACGCCCGUUCACUCAAACAACACUACUACACUACUACACCGCACAUCGGAACAUUACAAAUAUGGCCAGCACAUUCACCAAGACCUACCACCACACGAGCUACCCCUCGAUUGACCCUUCGCGGGAGGCUCUCUCCGUUGCUGGCAAGACCGUCUUGAUCACCGGCGGCGGCACAGGUAUCGGCCGGGAGACCACCAAGGCAUUUGCGCAGGCAGGCGCACCGCACAUUGCCCUGCUGGGCCGACGAUCGGCGCCCUUGGAAGAGACCAAGAAGAUUGUCGAAGGCACGACUGCGACCAAGGUCCACGUCUACGUCGUCAAUGUGACGGACCAUGCCUCCGUUGAGGCCGCUUUCGCCUCGUUUGCCUCCGCGACCAAGCAGCCCAUUGACAUUGUGAUCAACAACGCGGGCUACCUGUCCAAUCCGAGCCCGAUCAAGUCCAGCGACGUGGCGGACUGGUGGCUCGGGUUCGAGAUCAACGUCAAGGGGGCACUGAAUAUUGCGCAGGCGUUUGCUAAGCACGCGGCCGCCCAGGGUGCAGUCUUCAUCCAAGUCUCCACUGCCGCGGCCCAUCGGGGUCUGUACCCUGGCUUUUCGGCCUACAGCUCCUCCAAGAUUGCCGUGUCUCGCGUCAUUGAGUAUUUGCAGGCGGAAACCCCAGACGCCACUGUUCUUAGUAUCCAUCCUGGCGUUGUCAAAACGGAUAUGAGCGCCAAGACUGGCAUUGAUUUCCCUGCAGAUCUUUUGGAUGAUGGUAUGUCUUUUUUUUUUUCUUUCUUUCCCUCCUUCCAUCCUUUCCACUCGUUUCUCCCUUUUGACCUCCCAAACAUCUAUUCAUCCCAUCGCAUAUAUCUUAUAGUGGACACUGCUAACAUAUUACACUAGUCACUCUCCCCGCACACUUUCUCGUCUGGGCAUCUAGCCCCGAAGCCGCCUUCCUCAAGGGCAAGUUGGCCUGGGCCAACUGGGACGUCGACGAGCUCAAGUCCCGCG